GAGAAAAUGGCUGACAGAUAGUGACACACGCUGUGUUUCAUGCAGAAUUUGUUAUUUUUUUCCCCCCUAAAUAAUACAUUCCUUAGUGUAGUAUAGUCAGCAGAUCUCUUAUGAUGCUCGAGCGUUUAAUGUAAAUGCUUUCUUAAAUCACGGAGGCAUACUCUUCUUCAUCUGUGAUAUAUUUUCAUCUUGACUCUAACGUGUGUUUUUACAUCAUAAGAUGGCCACAGUCGCAGCCAAACGCGAGGGACCGCAGUUCAUCAGCGAGGUGGCCGUCAGAGGAAACGCCGCUGUGCUCGACUACUGUCGCACGUCCGUGUCUGCUCUGUCCGGGGCUACAGCGGGCAUCCUCGGUCUGACGGGAUUGUACGGCUUUGUGUUUUAUUUCAUUGCUUCUUUCCUGUUGUCGUUGCUUCUAAUACUCAAAGCCGGUCGCCGGUGGAACAAGUGUUUCAAAUCUCGACGUCUUCUCUUCACCGGAGGCCUCGUGGGCGGCCUCUUUACUUACGUGCUCUUCUGGACUUUCCUGUAUGGAAUGGUGCAUGUGUACUGAACGGACUACAUCUCCACACAGAACCGCAGCAAAAUAAAGGAGGGAGAGUGCUGAUUGCUGUACCAUAGCUCGUUUCCGUUACUUGAUGUUUAGAUCAAAUAUUUUACUAUUUUUUUUCCCUCAGUACUAAUUGAUUGCACUGAAACCUAGAAUAUAAAAAAUUGUGUGCUAUCAAAAUGUUCCGUCUCUUGUCAUUAAUAUCGUCAUAAUACUUCAUAAAGAACUGGGUUGUGUUUAGGAUCUAUAGUCCAUUAGGGAAACUCUUUUUCAGUUUUCUUUAAAACACUAAACAACAAUCUGAAGACUCAACACCAACUGUAAACUGUACAAACCGCAUGACAUUUUCUUGGGUACUAUGAAAAUAAAUCAUUAACCUAAUGGAUUAAAUUGUGUGGUUUCUUAAAAUACAUACUGUUAAAGUUAUUUUCAUGAAACAUUCAUUAUUGUGCGUAGGAUGCAUGUGAACCUUGUCUAUUGUGACAAGUUACUUUACACCUCCUUAAACUAGACUACUAACAUUUUAAGUACUUCUUUACUAGUUUUUCCAGGAUUAUCUGAAGGUUUUUCCCAAAUACAGUGCUGCAAUUAUUGUGUUAUUGCAUAAAAUAUUCUGCUUUUUCUUUUCUUUUUUAUUCAGACUGUGAAAGGGUACAGUCAUAUCUCUGGAUAUCCUCAAUGCUUAAAACCCACACUC